AUGGGGCCCUCUCAACUUGUCCGAGCCCCUCGGCCUCGGGGCAUGAGUUCUCCCUACCGAAGGCCAGGUAUGGGUGGGUCCCGCCGCCGCUCUACCAGGAUGUUCAAAUACAGCCGCAGAACAUACCGGCAGAAACCCCGAGGCCCAACUGCUACCAAUCUUAACACUAGGUCCACAAACAGCAAUGACACCAACGCUACUGCCACCAGGGUGUGGAUCUUCUCACCUCAAGUUAUCAGACACCUCUGUCAACCUAGGGGCUUUCUGAUCCUCUAG